AUGAUUUCCAAACUCCUAGUAUCCAAGGCCCGGAAGAUAAUCGAUCUCAACAACGUCCCACUAGUCGCCGGCACCGCUUACGUCAAAUGGCAUCUUCCCUCCUCGACCGAACAGCGCGGCUGCACCCAAAAAUCCCCUAUAGCAGAGCACAAAGUCUUUUGGAACUAUGUGAAAGAUAUAUCCGUACGCCUCACCAUCGACAAGAACAAUAACCUUGCAGAAACCCUUAUCCACUUCGAAGUCGUGCAGGAAUUUAAUAACAUCGCUACAAAAGGGGAACGUAUUACUCUUGGGACACUGAGUUUGAAUCUUGCGGAGUAUGUGGAAGAGAGUGAGAUGGGCGUUGAUGGGGAGGAGGGUGUCGUUAGGAGGUAUUUGAUGCAAGAGAGUAAGAUCAAUAGUACGCUUAAGGUUUCGAUUUUUAUGCGGCAGGUCGAUGGGGAGAAGAACUUCGUCGCGCCACCAUUGAAGACUGCGCCUGUGUUUGGGGGCAUUGCCGGUAUUGUGGCGGGGGAGACGGGAGAACAGGAUGAUUUACGUAGGUGCUCUUCCGUUGCGUCGUUCCCCGAUCUCAGAUCUUGGAUUAUGCAUACUAAUAUUGGAUAUUUCCAUAAUACAGAUAUGCCCGUAAUAAGCAAAUCCCGCGAUCAUGGCGAACUACAAGACAUGUACCGCCGCACACUUGCUGCCUCCUGGUCUACACAAGGGAACGAACUCCGUGCCGACCAAUGUAUAGAGGAUAUAUUCAACGGCGGAGACGGUUGGAAAGACACCUACUCCCCCAACACCACAGACCUGUCUUCCUCCACCCCACGCAUCGCCCAGCAAGAGGAUAGCGGUGACGACAACCAACACCACCACCAACAACAACACGCGAGACGACACCAGCGCUCACAAUCAGGUGCCAGUGCCAGGUCCCAGAAUACGAUUACAAAGAAACCUAGUAUGCCAAGGAUAAGGGGGCAUAAGCAUUCAAGCAGUCACGAGACAUUGGAUAGGCAGGGCGAUACGCAGAGUGCGCAAAUAGAUCACAGUUUGGAGACGGGGUCAGAUAGGGGGACGACCGGGUCGUCUAGGAAAGCCAAGGAGGUUACUGAGUUCGAUGUUAGGGAUGAUUUAGUUGCCUGGCGAUCACCAGCGUUGCGGUGA